AAAAAAUAGAUCUACGAUUAGUGUAAGCUUUGUGACACGGUAUGGUAAACAAGAAGUUUUAGCCAAUGACAGCGUCCCUAUUGGGGAAACGAAGGUUGUAAGUUCAACUUUUGUAUCGCUCGGUGACAAAUUUGCAACCCUGGAUCCCAAGGCUGUUGGGAGAUUACCGAACACGCCUGCCCCGCAAAUAUGCCAACGAGCCUCGGUCCGGAGCUGCACAGGGACAUGCUUGAACGGAUCUUCUUGCAUUUAUUGCCGGUUCCUGUCUUCAGAAUGUCCACACCCGGAUUUGCUGCGACUUGGCCAUCUAGCUUGCAGGUAAUUUAAUGGUACAUCGGAGAAUCCUAUCAUUUUACCUGCUUUAUUUUAUCAUAUCGGUCGGCCAUGGCUGGAGCAGUGCGCCAGUCAAUUGACCUUCCGUCCCUGGAACGGUAUAUCGAUCAGAACGUACCCGACAUUAAGACGCCGUUAGAUGUGAAACAAUUCUCCUUUGGACAGUCCAAUCCCACGUAUCUGCUUACCGGUGCCAAUGGAGGGCAGUACGUCUUGCGGAAAAAGCCCCCGGGCAAGCUCCUGUCCAAGACGGCGCACAAAGUCGAACGGGAAUACAAAGUCAUCCACUCCCUAGAGCAGACUGAUGUCCCUGUACCGAAGGCAUACUGUCUCUGUGAGGAUAGCAAUGUGAUUGGGACGCCGUUCUAUAUCAUGGAGUUUUUGGACGGUCGGCUCUUCACCGAUCCUGCGAUGCCGGGAGUCAGUGUUCAGGAAAGAAAUGCAUUGUGGAAGGCAGCUGUGCAAACCUUGGCCAAAUUUCAUCGAGUCGACCCUAAAUCAGUCGGCUUGGAAAGGUUCGGAAAGCCGUCGGGAUACUAUGAUCGACAGAUCUCCACCUUUACCGCGGUGUCCAAAGCGCAAUCUCAGGCGGUGGAUGUGGAAACCCAGGAGCCCGUGGGGGAACUGCCGCAUUUUAUGGAUAUGGUGCGCUUCUUCUCGAAUAAGUCGUCUCAGCCGAAGGAUCGAGGCACGUUAGUUCACGGUGAUUACAAGAUCGACAAUAUGAUCUUCCACAAGACUGAACCCCGCGUCAUCGGCAUCCUGGAUUGGGAAAUGGCGACCGUGGGGCAUCCACUCUCGGACUUCUGCAACCUCACGAGCCCAUAUUAUCUGGAUGGCACCGAUCACACCACGGAGAGCUUCCAACGGGUGCCUGGAUUGCCCGCGCGUGAUGACUGCGUGCGAUGGUAUCGCGAAGUGGCUGGCUGGGACCCGACGCCGGACCUCCCCUGGGGGGAUGCAUUCUUUGCCUGGAGGCUUUCGAUCAUCCUGCAAGGUGUCAAGGCUCGAUACGCACUGAGACAGGCAAGCAGCGCUCAAGCGCAUGAGCAUGCCAAAAAGACGACCCCGUUUGCGUUGGUAGCUUGGGAACGGGUCGAGGCCGUUCAGAACACAAUGCGUCAGAAAGGCAAACUGUAGCUCUUCUUCUAUUUUCCGACCAAUCGAAUCCGACCGCUAGAAUGAACCUAAUGUGGAUCAUGCUCCUUGACCUGUAGCGUAACUAUAGACUACUAGUAAAGGUAUAUGCGAUAAGCCAAAGGGGUUGUUGUUCUCAUAACGGGAGUGAGUGGGGAUUGGGGAUCGAUCCAUUGGUGCAAUUGUCGGGUAUACUCAGUUGGGUUGUGAUCUAUACCAAAACUAAAACCAUACGCAAGCACGAUAAUGCAAGGUCAAACAAAUGACGAAUCGAGUACAUUCUUUCCAUGUGUAGAACGUAAGCCGGGAUCAGUUGUCGUCGUA